AUGCGUCUCAGUCACUACCUCCUCGCAGUCCUAGCCGCAGCAGCAACCACGUCCGUCGCAUCACCUGUCCCGGAUGACUUCGAGGAAAUGGUCUGCUGCCUGGGCGUGGAUGAUGAGAAGGUGGUGAAGAUUGGCGAGUUCUGCAAAGACUGUACGUCUUACCUCUAG